AUCAGUAUUUACUACGAUCUCGUGGAACGUUAACGGUUUCUCGCUUAUCGUCGUCUUCUACGUCCCGUCUGAGACGCAAUUUUUCACAUCUUGGGCAUCUGGGAUAAUUGGCAGAUGAUAAUUUUGUGUUCGGUGACGAUUUUAACAGAAUAGUGGAAAAGUUGAAACCAUGCCAACCACCUGUAAGAUAUGGCUAAGGAACGACACCAAAGUGUACACCUGUGGCGAGAAGGUGGAAGGAACGGUCGAGCUUACCGUAACCGAAACGAAGCGGAUGAAUGCAAUUAGAUUGAUCAUCGCAGGUGUGGCUACCGUAGAUUGGGAUCAGUUCAGAGGAGCGAAGAAAACGCUGCGGUUCAAAGGAAGUGAAGCAUGUUUCGACUCGGAAAUCGACCUGCUGGGCUCAAAUGGUGAGGAAGUGGACGUCCAGACAGGCACAUCAACGUACAGCUUCGACUGCUACCUACCGGAUUCGCUGCCACCAUCCUUCGAAGGAGAACACGGCCGAAUACAGUACAUAAUUACGGUGGUGCUGCAGCGAUCCGGCAGGGUGGAUAAGACCUUCACGAUCGAGUUCACCGUGCGCCGAGGCUUGGAUCUGAAUGCAGAACCUUCAUCGGUUCGCCGUUCGGCUCGCGUCGAGAACAGCAGCACUUUCCGCUGCUGGCCGUGCCGGUCCGGUCCGCUGUUGGUAGCGCUGCAGAUUCCCGCUACUGGUUACGUUCCAGGGCAGAGAAUUCCAGUUAUGCUGGAGGUCAGCAAUCGCAGUAACUGCAAAAUCCAUCUAAUUCAGCUGAAGCUCGUGAUGAUUGUGGCAUACACUAGCGACACCCCCCGAGUGAAGCUCAAGAACUGCCGGCAUGAUGUGACCGGUGCAGAGCUGGAUCAAAUCGAUGACCCCGAUGUGGUUCGGUAUGAAGAAAGUAUUCUGGUACCUCAAACUCCGGUUACCAGUGCAAGUGAUAGUUGCAAGAUUAUUCAGAUCGUGUACGAGUUGGAGGCGGAACUGGAGGUUGGAGCGUUGCAUCAAGUGAUGAAGUUGGCCAUCCCUAUUGUCAUCGGAACUGUCCCGCUGGAUUCUGAUCGGAGAGAGUCUACCAUCAUGGAGCUCGAAUCCUAAUAAUGGUGGACUGAACCGAUGGACAUUUGUUUCCGAAAUUCAUGUUAACAUUAUACGAAACAUUUUACCGAUAAUUGCAUGUGCUAAUAGUAUUGAAGUGUAUUAAAUCACUACCUGAAAAAAUAUACCCCGAA